AUGGCGCCGAAUCUUUUUGGCAAUUCGGCGACCCUUUUUUUGGAGGCAUCACAAAAUGUUGCUCAGGAUAAAAAAAUAGAUGUAGAUAUUAAAAACAAUAAACCAGUUAAAGUAGCAACCAAACAACCAAAAGCAAGUGAUAAAAGUAGUAAUAGCGAUAAUAAAGAUUACAAAUGGAAAAUUGUAUGGAGAAACGUUAUCGCAUUUGUUUAUUUACACGUUGGAGCUCUUUACGGCUUGUAUUAUUUAGUUACCAGUGCUAAGCUUGCAACAUUUGCCUGGAUGUUGGGGCUUGGAUUUUUCGCCGGAGUUGGAAUCACAGCAGGUGCUCACAGAUUAUGGGCACACAAAGCGUAUAAAGCUAAAUGGCCCAUGAGAGUUCUUCUCAUGAUUCUGCAAACUGUCGCCUUUCAAAAUCACAUCUAUGAAUGGGUAAGAGAUCACCGUGUGCAUCACAAAUUCACCGACACAGAUGCUGAUCCCCACAAUGCUAAGCGCGGAUUCUUCUUUUCACACAUGGGCUGGCUUUUGAUUCGUAAGCAUCCAGAUGUUAUUAACAAGGGAAAAACAGUUGAUAUGACAGAUCUGGAACAAGAUUUCGUUGUUGUUUGGCAAAGAAGACUCUACCUGAUUCUGAUGCCAAUCUUCUGUUUUUUGAUUCCAACUUGGAUUCCAAUUUACUGUUGGAACGAAGUACCCUUGUAUGCUUGGUACGCAACUAUAUUCAGGUACACAUUGUCGCUUAAUCUCACAUGGUUGGUCAACUCCGCUGCUCACAUCUGGGGAAUGAAGCCUUAUGACAGCUCAAUUAGUCCCACGGACAAUUUCAAGAUUGCUCUUGGAACCUUCGGAGAAGCUUGGCAUAACUAUCACCACGUUUUCCCAUGGGAUUACAAGGCGGCUGAACUCGGAGAUUACAGCGGCAAUUUCACGACUGCAUUUAUAGACUUUUUCGCUUACAUCGGCCAGGCUUAUGACCUCAAAACCGUCCCGAAAGAAAUGAUUGAAAAGCGUGCUGCUCGUACUGGCGAUGGUUCAAGGGUCGCUCAAAAUCCCAGUGAACAUUCCCACGAGGGAGCCAUCUGGGGAUGGGGUGACGCCGACAUGUCGGCUGAAGAUAUGAAUCUAGCUCAGAUCAUUAAAAAGAGUGAUUAA